AUCAGUCAAACUCGAAAGUCUCUCCGACCAAAAACCCGGGAACUGAAACUCAACUCCUUUGUUUCUCUCCCAAUCUCCUCCCUUAAACCCAACAAAACCCGAUGAACCGCAAGAGAGAUAAAGCCUACUUCUCCUCCCGCCGCGCCUCCGCACCAAAACGCCGUCGUCCUCUCCCCCCUCACGCCGUAGAAGAACCCGAGCUCGACAAACCCACCUUCAAGCCGCCGCCACCUCCCGCUCUCGUCGUACUCGGCCUCCCCCCGGACUCCUCCGUCCUCGACCUCAAGUCCCGCUUCGAGAUCUACGGCCCCAUCUCUCGCAUCCGCAUUGACCGCGACUCUGUCGGCCAAGUGGCCUUCCGCACCGCCGACGCCGCCCAAGCCGCCGUGGACGCCGCCCUCGACUCCUCCUUCGGCAUUACCCUCCACUCCAAAAAGUUACAAGUGCUGUGGGCGACAGACCCUCUGGCACAGUGGAGGAAAGGAGUUGCGGGUGAUGAGGCUAAUAGGGAGAAGAGCAAUGAGGCGUCGUCGUCGUCGAAGCUUUUGAGGGCCGGGAUGCCUCUGAGGAGUCAUGGCAGAGGGAACAAGCUUGCUUCGGCUAUAGUGAACCCGAGAGGAGCUGAUGAGAUUUCUGAGUCGUCAGUAUUGGAGGUGCCUUCCAGAGCAAGGGAGAUUGUGGCUUAUGAUGACAUUCUUGAGCGUUGGAAAAGAAGGAGAGGGCAUCCGAGAGUAAUGGAAGAGAAUGAAGAAAGAAGAUUACAGAAGGAAGAAGAAGAAGAGCACGAACAAGUAUGGAGUUGGGGGGCAGGAACGGACGGGCAGUUGGGCACGGGGAGGCUACAGGAUGAGCUGCUCCCUCAGUUGCUUUCUGUACCUUCUCUCGCCGCCGUGGGACCCAUCUGUCGCCUCGCCUGCGGCGGCGCUCACGUUCUUGCCUUAACCUCAGGUAAUAUAUAACUGGUUUUAUUUGAAGGUGGGAAGGUGCUGACUUGGGGAAGAGGCACUUCUGGUCAGCUUGGUCAUUCUGAGAUGGUCAAUAGCCUACAUCCUAAGCUUGUGAUGUCUUUGGACACCUACUUCAUUACUCAUGCUUCUGCUGGAUGGAAUCACUCAGGUUUUGUUUCAGAUGCGGGGUAUGUUUUCACAUGUGGAGAUGGCACGUUUGGUCAGCUCGGGCAUGGUGAUUACAUUUCGCAUUGCAGUCCUGUCAUAGUCUCUUUCUUUGAUAAUCGUAGUGUUGAGCAGAUAGUCUGUGGUAUGCGCCAUUCACUUGUUUUGUUGAAAGGUGAUUCUGGAGAUGAAGUUUAUGGGUUUGGCUCCGGGAAGCGUGGCCAACUCGGUAUCUCCAAGGACAAGAUCAAGUCAAUUAGUGUUCCUGAACAAAUUGAUGGAUUUGAAGGUGCAAAAGUUAUUAGCGUUAUGGCAAAUGGAGAUCAGAGUGCAGCAUUAUCUGCUCACGGGCAUUUGUAUACUUGGGGGAAAGGGUUUGGUGGCAGUUCAAGUACUCACUCCCCACAGUCUUUACCUACAUCGUUAAGGUUUACCAAAGUUUCUGUUGGAUGGAAUCAUGCUUUAUUAUUAACUGCUGGUGGAGAAGUCUUCAUGCUCGGUGGAACUCACCAUGGAAUCCUUGGUAAUACUGACAACAUGAAUCCAGCCAGGCUCUUAGCAGAUUCAGGAGAAGCUAUUCUGGAAAAAGUCCCUGGUCUUGAAGGGACUAGGAGCAUGGACAUUGCAGCCGGAGCUGAGCACUCUGCUAUUGUAACAGUUGAUGGAGUAAUGAAGACAUGGGGCUGGGGCGAACACGGUCAGCUUGGCUUGGGAAAUACUCAUAAUCAAACCAGUCCCCGAGAAGUGAGUCUCGGACGCAAAUCUCAGAAUGAAACUGCUGCAAUCAAGAUUUACUGUGGCAGUGGAUUCACAAUGGCUGUAAGAACACCACAACUUCCUUGAUUACUGCACUUACUGUUAUGCUCCCUUCCCAUUUGACCUCCGGCCACCAUUUUCAACUGAUUCUUUCACAUGGUCAACAAUAACUAAAAGAAGAGAUUAAGAGUCAUGCAACUUCAGGAAUAGAAUUGUGUUCCAUAGUGUGUUCAGGUUCUUAGUGUUAAUAUAUCUGUAACAGUGUUGUAUUGUUUUGGCAACAGAUCAUUAAUCUCAUACAAACUUUGGUUCUACA